CUUUCCUCCAUCUAUUUUUUAGAUUUGACAAAAGAAAAUCAUUUGCAGCAUUAAGUCCAUUAGAUACAAUGAUCCAUUUCAUAUUCUUAAUGACACCAUUCCAUCUGUAACCUUACUAUUUGACCGACUUCUUAAAUGUAAUCAGUAGCUAUUAAAAACGAAAACUGCGUUGAAAAUAGAAUUGCAAAAUUUUCAGACAAGAGAGAGAGAUAGAGAGAGAAGAAGACCCAUCUACACCAUCUCUUUCUCUGCCCCCUCAACCUUCUAAAGCUGAAUUUUUCUUUUUUGUUUCUCUGUUCUGAAAUAAUCUUAAAUUCGGAUUUGUUCUAUUCUAAUAUUUUCCCAUUUGAUCCACUUGAGUAAUAAGACUAAUCAAGAUUUACUUCUGUUCUCUUCCCCCUUUGUUUUGUCUCUUUCUUUCGUCUUUCCCGCAUUUUCCAGGGAAAAAAAAAAAGCUUCCGACUUUCUGAUCGCCUCGUUAUCAAUCCUUUAAACCAUAAACGACCCAUUUUCCCUUGCCUGAUUUGGCGCAAACCCUUUUGUUCUAAUUCUGGUGAGAAAAGAAGGAUGACGACAAUGGAAGCUGUGAUGGAGAUAAGUAUGGUGGAUGAUAUCAUAAGAAGAUUAUUAGAAGGCAAAGGAGGCAAACAGGUUCAGCUCUCCGAGAUCGAGAUCCGUCAACUCUGCGUUAACGCCAGACAAAUCUUCCUCUCUCAGCCUAAUCUCCUCGAUCUCCAUGCCCCCAUUCGCAUCUGCGGUGAUAUUCAUGGACAAUACCAAGACCUUUUGAGAUUAUUUGAAUACGGAGGCUACCCUCCUUCAGCACACUAUCUCUUCCUUGGAGACUACGUAGACAGAGGCAAACAAAGCCUAGAAACAAUAUGUCUUCUCUUGGCUUACAAGAUCCGUUACCCAUCCAAGAUCUUUCUCCUGAGAGGUAACCAUGAAGACGCUAAGAUCAACAGAAUCUACGGUUUCUACGACGAAUGCAAAAGGAGAUUUAAUGUCAGGCUAUGGAAGAUAUUCACCGACUGCUUCAACUGUUUGCCUGUAGCUGCUCUCAUUGAUGAUAAGAUCUUGUGUAUGCACGGAGGGUUGUCUCCGGAGCUGGAGAAUUUGGAGCAGAUUAGGGAGAUUCAAAGACCUACUGAGAUUCCAGACAAUGGUCUUCUUUGUGAUUUGCUUUGGUCUGAUCCUGAUCAGAAGAGUGAAGGAUGGUCUGAUAGUGAUAGAGGUAUUUCUUCCACGUUUGGUGCUGAUGUGGUUGCUGAGUUUUUGGAUAAGAAUGAUCUUGACCUCAUUUGCCGUGGCCAUCAGGUGGUGGAAGAUGGGUAUGAGUUUUUUGCUAAAAGGAGAUUAGUAACUAUAUUCUCAGCUCCAAACUAUGGUGGAGAGUUUGACAAUGCAGGUGCAUUAUUGAGUGUGGACCAAUCUCUUGUUUGCUCUUUUGAGAUUCUGAAACCUGCCCCAUCUUCUAGCAGUAAUCCUCUCAAGAAGGUUUGUUUUGUUUUCAGCAAUGAGUUUAAGACCAAGAAGCCCUUCUUCUUAUAAUAUGAUUGGUAUAGCUUAACACAUGGCUUUCUUUACGUUUUAUCCAGGUACCAAAAAUGGGCAAGUCUUGAAACUCAAGUACUGCUUGUUCCCUUGAGAUUUGGUUUCAUGAGCUCAAGCUAGGCUAUAUAUGCAUUACUUCAGAUGUAGGUUAACUGCAAUGGAGAAGAGAAGCUCAAAGACUACUUUACUUAGCCAUCAAAGAAGAAACAAAACAGAGAGAGAGAGGAAAACAAAAGCGCUGUAAUCCAAAUAGUAUUUGUGUAUAGUUUUGCAGAAACUUCUCUUCACUUCUUCUGGAGAUUUUCAUCUCAUGUGUUUUUUUUGUUCCUAUGAUUAUUCAUUCAAGUUAGGGUGCAUGUCCUCUUUUGCUUUUUUUCUGUUUACUUGUAUCAUCAAAUACAUUUUCACAAACUUUCUUUCACCUUAACGGUUCUCAUCGUUGUGAUUUGUGGUGUUGUCUGUGAGACUGCCCCUCCUAUGAAUAUGGCCAUCAAUUCAUUCACCAGUUUGUCAUGUUUCAUCACAAACCACUUUGUAAACACAUCAAGAAUGACGUUGAAGGGAUUCCAUUUCCCACUCCUUUGGACACAAAGAGCUCCAAGCUGUAUCCAAGAACAGGAGGGCUCACAACCUCAUCCUUUAGUGACCAAUUCAUCUUCUCCACCAGCAACUCAACCUUCUUCUUCUCACCGUGUCUGCAGAUAACAGAAAGCACGUAGGAAAACACUUACCAUCACCACAAACUCAUCUCGGCUGAAUCGCAGGAAACGUUUCUCCACAGUUUGUUAUCUUCCCCUCUGAUGCACACAUGCAAUCUGAACGCUUCUUCAUCACUGAAAUCCUCACUUGAGGGUUUCAAAUCUCUGAGUUAACUUCUCGAAGAACUUGAGAAAGUAAGGCCACGUGUUGAUCAUACCCCAUACUUCCUCCACAGUAAAGCCUAACCUUUCAUACACAUUAACUUUUUCUUGUAACGUUUUCACUUAUAUCAUAAACAACGUGUAAAGGCGUG